UAGCUCCUCUAUAAGUAAGCUAUGGAAUUUGUCAGUGACAGAGAACAAUUAUUGGAAAAGGCUUUAACUGAGAUGAAGAAGUUUGUGUUUUUUUGUUUGCUGCUAAUACAAGUUUCGGUUUCUGAAAUCAUUUUUGAAGAACGCUUCGAUGAUGGAUGGCAAAGUCGCUGGGUUAAAUCAGACUGGAAAAAGAGCGAAGGAAAAGCAGGUUCAUUCAAGCACACGGCAGGAAAAUGGGCUGGAGAUCCGGAUGACAAAGGUAUUCAAACAUCUAGUGAUGCCAAACACUUUGCCAUUUCUGCAAAGAUACCAGAAUUCAGCAACAAGAACAGAACAUUGGUCGUCCAGUAUUCUAUAAAAUUUGAGCAAGAUAUUGAGUGUGGUGGAGGUUACAUGAAGCUCCUAUCUGGAUUUGUUAAUCAGAAGAAGUUUGGUGGGGAUACUCCUUAUAGUUUAAUGUUUGGACCAGAUUUAUGUGGCACGGAUACAAAGAAGCUCCAUGUCAUACUCUCCUACCAGGGUCAAAAUUACCCUAUAAAGAAGGACCUACAGUGUGAAACUGACAAGUUAACUCAUUUCUACACAUUCAUUCUCAGGCCAGAUGCCUCAUACAGUCUCCUGGUUGAUAAUAGAGAGAGAGAUUCAGGAAGCAUGUAUACAGAUUGGGAUAUUCUUCCUCCACGAAAAAUCAAAGAUGUCAAGGCAAAAAAGCCUGCAGACUGGGAUGAAAGAGAAUACAUUGAUGACCCUAAUGGUAUCAAACCUGAGGGAUAUGAUUCAAUCCCAGCAGAAAUUCCUGAUCCAAAUGCCAAAGAGCCUGAUAACUGGGAUGAAGAGGAAGAUGGUAUAUGGAAACCACCAAAGGUGCCAAAUCCAGCAUACAAAGGACCAUGGAAACGAAAGAAAAUCAAGAACCCUAACUACAAAGGGAAAUGGAAAACUCCAUGGAUAGAUAAUCCAGAGUUUGAAGAUGACCCUGAUCUUUAUGUGCUUAAGCCUAUCAAGUAUGUGGGUAUCGAAGUUUGGCAGGUUAAAGGAGGCUCAGUUUAUGACAAUGUUUUGAUUUGUGAUGAUCCUGAUUAUGCAAAACAAGUUGUUGAUGAAGUGUUUGCCAACAGGGAGCUUGAAAAGGAGGCUUUGGAGGAAGCAGAGAAAGUGAAAAAAGCCAAAGAGGAGGAGGAGGCUCAAAGAGCAAGAGAAGAAGGUGAAAGGAGGAGAAGAGAGAGAGGUCAUGAUCGACGACACCGGGACAGAUAUAGAAAGCGUCGCCGUGAUUACAUGGAUGAUUAUCAUGAUGAGCUCUGAUGGAAUGAAACGUCCUUCUUUACUAUCUGGUUGACAGGAAUUUCUGGAUUGUUAUGAAUUUUAAUUACGUUGACAUUAGUGUUGUAUUCCAUCUCGUGUUAAUUUGUAGGGGAAACUUUUUCAAUAAUAAAUAUCUUUUUUGUCGGUU